AUGUCGAAUUCUCAUAAAUACUCGUUUAUGGAAAAAUCGAAUAAUAAUGGAGAAUUUUUCAAAUGUGUUAAACCGAUUCUAGUAAUAUGUAGGUAUAUGGGAUUGUGGCCAGUUAGUGGAACUAAAAAUAAAAGUUACACGGCGGCUUUUAUGUUGGAUAUACCUAAAGUUCAAACAUUAUUCGUUUGGGACUUUAACAACCUAAUCGUGUCGAUAAGCAGCUUGUAUUUGGAGAAUCGAUUUUCGAAUUUAAAUCGAAUAUUGGUAGAGGAACAGAAAAAACAUUCACAAACUGAGAAAUUCGACUGGAGUGAGCUACGCGUACAUUACACUCUCCUUACGCAAUUAGUCAAAAUCGUCGACAAGCACAUAAAUCCUAUAAUCUUUGUAACUUACGGUGGCAACCUAUUCUUCAUCUGUCUACAGUUCUUUUCUGUUAUCGAAAGAAAUAGUGCCACUGAAUUUGUACAUUUGCCACCGUGCAUUAUCAACUAUACAGGAACAUGGCCAGCGAAGCUGUUUUACUCAUAUUCCUUCCUAUUCGUCAUGCUGAAGACGACUAUAACUUGUGGUCCUGCUGUUCUCCUCUACGUCGCCAGCCGUGAACCAUUGAAGUCACUGCAUACUAUACCAUCCUCAAUGUACAAUUCUCAUGCGCACCGUUUUAUGGCCCAAGUAUAUAACUCUCAUGUUGCUCUCAGUGGUUUCGACUUCUUUUAUAUAACGCAAAGUACUAUACUUCAUGUGGUUCGUCUAAUAGUUACCUACGAGUUAGUUUUAAUGCAACUUUAA